UCGCUCCUCUGAGAUGCUUUCUUAUUUUAACAGCACAUUGUCAGGCUGUCGUGUGGGAGGACUCUUCUUGGCUUUCAGAAAAAGGGAUUACCAAAAAAUGCAUUCUCUUUUUAUAAUCCUAAGGGAAGCUGCAGCAGGUUUGACUCCCACGUUGACGGACUAUAUUGGGCUGUGAAUGUUGAUAGGCAGGAGACAAGAGGAGGAAGACACCUGUUGGUCCAGGGCAAAACCCAAACCAGGAUGAAGACCAGAAGACAAACGCCAGGCUUCGGGCUCAACAAGAACAGGUGUAAAGCAUAAAAUCUAUGUAUAUAUGUAUACCAUGAUCUUAAUCACACACAGGAAGGACCUCAAUAAAUUAAUGGAAAGGUUCUUUUUUGUAAGAGAAACUCAUCAACAUAUAGCCUACAUAGUCCACAUAUACUGAAAUAGUUACAUUUUUAAAGUAAUAUGACAUUAUGUGACUAGUGUCAUGGGCCCCUGCUUGCAAUUAAGGGGAGAACAUGCAAACAUGCAAACCCUCCAAGACUUCAAAUCUGUCACUGUCAGGGGCAGUGCUCGCCACUGUGUCUCCAUAUACAGUCUGAAAAUGUGCAACUUUAAUGUACAAUGUACUUUUUCACUGUGAUUUUAUCAACUCUCCCUCCGUUGAGUAGCCUCUUUAUAGUUGCUGAUGUCUGAUGUCAUUGUCCCGUUGUUUGUGUUUAUGUGCUGCAGAGCCAAAUGUGAAUUUCUGCCUCGGUAGACAUUAAAGACAGGCUCUUCUAUUUUAUUCUAUUUCGUGUAAAAGCAGUAUCUUUUCAGUGACCCGCUUCUUUGAUCCCACAGCGCCAUCUACAGACGUACUGGGACAUGCACCGCUUCAGGGAUUACCUCUACCGCCGCUACUGCUCCCUGCUCACAGACAAGCUCCAUUCACAAAGACAGCGACAGCAAGAACGAGUUAGAGCGCGCCCUAGCCCCAACGAUGGUAUCAAACAGAAAAAACACAAGGCAGCCUUCUCCAAACUGAAGCAUGAUAACCUAUACCUCAAAGAUAUUCCCAAAACGAGUUACUAUCUGAUCUUUGAACUUCAAAAUGAGUUGGUUCAACAUGGGCAUCUGCAAACUCAGCACCAGUUAGAGGAUUUUUACAAAAGUAUUCAAUAUAACAGACAUCCUUCAACACUACAGAGAAGUCUAACAGACAUCAAGAUGAAAAUGCUGGACAAGAGACCUGCAAUUAUUAUUACAACACCAAGUGGAUCAUCACAGCGCUGCACUGAAGACACAGACACUGCAUCCGACUCAAGGUUGACAGAGAGAGGAUCUGAAUCAUGCCAGCGUGUGUCAGAAGAGAUUUUUGAAGAUAGUUUGGAAAAGGAUGAAUUUGAGCAAUUGUUUCCUAAGAAGAAAAUGCCCACAUUUGUAACUCUUCAGCCAAACUUUAUGAGGAGUUUCCAGUGCACACUGCCAAAAUUGAUAUCUUUUGAAAUUCCCAAGAAAAGCAGGAAGGCUGAUAUGUACUUGAAGCAAGUAAAGGAUAUGCAUGCACUCUGUUUGACCAAUAUGAAGUUUUCACAGAGUUUCAAACUGUUGGACCGAAAGAUGGACUCUGAAUCUUGGCUCGAGGGGGAAAACCAAAAGAUCCCUGAUUUGACACUUCCAGAUAUUGACUCACAUAAGAAGUCAGCACAAUCACCCACUAUCAGUCAACAACUAAAUGUUCACAGCAACCCACCUCCAUCUGCACAAGACAAGUUUGAUCAAGUGGAAGAGAAAGUUCAGUCUUUGGAGUCAGAACUUUUGGACAGUGCCGAGCUCCACAGCACAUCACCUGUGCCAUUAUGUUUUAAAGAUUUAUAUGGACAGAAGCAUGUGAAGGUCAUUGGCUGUGGAUUGAAGUUAUGGAAAAAUUACACUGUAGUGUCAGAAUAAUUAAGACUCACAAAAUCAGUAUAUUUCAAACAAUUAUUUGUAUUGUACAUAUUGUUUAUGUCUCUGAAAUAUUUCAAUCUCUUAUACUGUUAUGUUAGUAACAGUUUUUUGUAACAGUUAUUUAUGUUAGUAAAUAUUGUGCAUUCAUAGGCUUUUAUAAUAUGCAAAACCAUUUAAAAUCUAGUUUAAAUGAUGUUUGAUAAACUUGUGGUAGUAGUCAUGUUAUGAAACAUGUACCAUAAUUAUGAUAACAUA